AUGAUCCUUCGCGGCCAACGCCCUGAACAAGCGUCUCGUGAGCAGGCGUCGACUCUUCAUUGCGAACAUGAAUGCGUUCAGUGCAAGAUCCAAGAGCACAAAUGUAAGCCUCUUUCCAAGACCAAGAAAGAGGCUUCGCAUCGUCUUAUAAAGGCAGCUGUCGAGCACAUGUUCUACGGAAAGCCGAUCAAACAAUGGGACGAUGCUAUUGAAAAUGCCGACAUUGUUAUCAAGGCCGAAGCAUCUUCCCCAGCCCCAAAGGUGUCAAUCGAACGCCCUAUCACAUUUACUCCAGGACAGGCAUCGUCCACUAUCACCCGCGAAGUCCCGUUUGGGAAUACGAUCAAGACCCUUGAGAUCGUUCCUGCAGAGGAAAUCAAGCUUGAUGGUGUCACCAGAGGCAUGGCCAACAACAUGGGCAUUCGGUUGAUGCAACUCGAGGCCGAAAUGAGUGUUUUGAUCAAGAUGCAGCGAACUAUGCUUGAUGCUGUGCCCCGAGGCAUGGGCAACAAUUCGGACACUCGCUUCAUUUAA